UCAGCAUAAAAUGCUGUAUCAUCACAUAGUUACAAACCUGUGGGAGAGUAAGGUUUGUGUAAUCUGUGGUGUGUCUAUAUACAGAACACCAAGCUCAUCAAGGACGAGGUGCUCAUUCUGAUAGUGUUUGGUAUGGUGGCUGUGGACCUCAUCAUUCUCUGCAUCUACUUUGGUGUGGAAGGUUGCAGAGGUAACCUGGAGGCUCGGAGAGUGAGGAAUGCUGAGAACGAGGAUGAUGUUGAAGGGGUACGGCGGAUUACCACUGAGUUUUACACCUACAUCUGCAACUCCAACGGCCGUAAAAUCUUCCUCGGAAUUCUCUACGGCUACAAGUCCUUGUUACAGAUUCUCUCUCUGUUCCUGGCAUUUGCCACACGACGAGUGAAGGUCAAAGGUCUCAACGACACCAAGGCCGUGGCGGGAGCAGUCUACGUGACCUCCAUCACAUUCACAGUUCUGUUUGUCUCCACGUACAGCGUGGUGGAGUACAUCAACGUCUAUGCCGCCAUCUUCUCUGUGGCUUUGUUCGUUGGAACCUCUGCCAUCCUUGUCCUCCUGUAUAUCCCCAAGAUGGUGAGUCUAUACCAGGAUCCGGAGGGGCUGACGGUGUUCAAAACAGGAGUCACCAUGGCAGCGGCCACGGCCAAGGCCUCUUCAGACCAGUCCACCAUCGAGUCUCUCAGGAGAAGGAUCAGGGAACUGGAGACCAUUGUUUCUCAGAAUUCUGGUCGUCCGUCGUCAUCAGCCUCGGCCCAGCACCUGGUCCCCCGUACACAGCACUCCCACCGUCUGUCCACUGGCUCAGACAUCUCUCUGGAGAUGAGUGGGGAGACCAGGGGCCACAAGACUAUAUGGGACGAUGGAGACACACAAAAGAAUGGCACCGACAACAAAGACACUGAACUCUAACUCUACAUUGCAUCCUUGUUUGAAAAGAUGAUCAUUGUCUCAUUGUCUUACAGUCA